UAUUUGAAAAUCGGGUUCGGCAAUCAAAAUAUCUAAAAUGGACCUGGAUGAUAGCCCAGAUAAUCAAGUAGUUACGAGGAGAGGUAGAUACUUUGUAAAGCGGCGGGUUAACAGGGAACACAAUAGUAAUUUCAAUGCCGGGUACAUCAACAUUGAUGAGCAGUAUCUCCACAGGACUGGGGUCAGAGGUCGUAAAGUCUACCUGCUGUAUUGCCUUAUCUUCAUUCUGGUUGUUCUAGCUCUGCUAAAUAUAUUGAUGACAGCAGGUAUCCUGUACAUGCUAAGAGUGAGCACAGAAGGAAUAGAAAUGCUGGAGUUUAUCCCAGAAAACAAUCUGCUGCGAUUUCUGGCAGAGACUACCUUGCCCUCUAUCAGUUUGUACCAAGGUGGAAUUGGCAGCAGGCAUGCUUCUUCAUUAAACAUUGAUUCUGGACAACAGAUUGUAUUAAAUGCAUCCUCUUUAAAGAAGAAAGAUGUUGAAGGUAUAAUAAAUCCAAACAGAAUUCAGUUCCAUUCUUUGGAUGAAUUUGUGGUUUCUGACUUGGAAACAAAAACCAAUUUCUUCUCAACCAAAUCUCAAAAAUGGAGCAAUGUUCAAAAUGCUGGAUUAAAUCUGCAUGUCCCAUUUCUUUCAACUGGUCAUAUAAAGAGUUUGCCUGGGGUGGAUAGAUUAGUUAUGGAGGCCGAUAGAAUGUUUCUAACAGGAAUGGAGAGUUUUGAUAUGGUCUCUCGGGAUAAACAUAUUCACAUCAAUGUAGGUCGUAAUCUUCUUGUUCAGUCUAAGGUAGGAAACAUCAACAUUGAAGCAUCCAACCAUACGUUUAUCAACAAGGAUACUCCAAACAGCAGUCAAUACUCAGCGGACACUAACAUAACAGUGUACAAGAUGUGUGUGUGUAUGCCAAGUGUCUCUAUUCACAAGCUCAAAAAUAAUCUUGAUGAAAUUGGAGAUAUUUUGGAAGCUGAUCAAAAUGAUUUGGAUUUUCUGAAAAAUUUCUUAAGCAAUCCAGCUGUAAAAAGCUUAAUACAGGCAAAGGAUAAAUUAGAGGACGACAGUCCCCUGGAACCUGUUACAGACGAGAGUGCAGGAAAACUGGCAACUGAUGCUGUAAAUGCUCUUGGGCCCUCAUUGGAUGACAAUGAGCAGGCUCAAGAACUUGAAGACAUUUUGUCUAAUCCUCACAUAGGGGCUUUGCUAAGGGCACAUGAUGAUGUGGCUGACCGUAACUAUGGCGAUGAGAUCGAGGAAGAUUUUCAGAUGAUGUCUCCUCCUCCCCCACUUUCUAUGUUUAGUAACAUGCCUGACCAGGUUCGUCUGGUAGGAAUAAGGAGAGAGAAAAAUGCACCCUUGGGUAUAACUGUGAAAAUAGAUGAGAGAGCAGAACUAGUUAUUGCUCGUAUCUUGGCAGGCAGCAUGAUUGACAAACAGGGUCUCCUGCAUGUCGGGGAUGUGAUUAAGGAGGUAAAUGGAAUCCCAGUUUCUACACCAGAGCAACUGAUGGACAUUAUACGUAGCACUGAUGCUGGAAUCACACUCAAAAUCGUCCAGAACUUUACUGAGCACCAACCACAGACCCAGAAAUACGUAAAAGCACACUUUAAUUACGAUCCUCAAAGAGACCGUCUGAUACCCUGCAAGGAUGCUGGUCUGCCAUUUAAAGAUGGUGACAUUCUCCACAUCAUGAGCACUGAGGAUCCCAACUGGUGGCAGGCUAAGAUAGUAACAGAGGAAGGGGAUGGACCCACAGGACUAAUCCCUGCCCAACAGCUGGAGGAAAAGCGGCAGGCUUAUGUACAGCCUGAUUAUGACUACUCUAAAAGCAGUCUAUUUUGUGGCCUGAAGAAAAGAAAGAAGAGAACCAUUAAAUAUACAACUAGAAACCAUAAAGAUUUUGAUAAUUGUAAUAUUACAAUCUAUGAGGAGGUGACAAGGAUGCCUCCAUUCCAGAGGAAGACCUUAGUCCUUGUAGGAGCCAGCCAUGUAGGCAAGAGGUCCAUGAAGGAGCGGUUGAUUCGGGAUGAUCCCAAACGAUUUGGUGCAGUCAUGCCUCACACAUCAAGGGAACCCAGGAAAGGAGAAGAGCAUGGGAAGGGUUACUUUUUUGAUACAAGAGAAAACAUGGAAGCAGACAUUCAGGCUGGCAAAUUCUUGGAGUAUGGAGAGUUCAAUGGAAAUCUUUAUGGGACUAAACUUGACUCCAUUCACUACACAGUGCAGCAGGGCAAGAUGUGUGUCCUUGAUGUCAACCCAACGUCAUUGAAAGUCCUCAAGAAUGCAGAGUACAUGCCUUUUAUAGUAUUUAUCGCUGCACCAAGUGCUGAAGUCCAGAAACAGAUGUGGGAGGAGGGAAGAAGGAGGGGUGUAGCAGGGAAAAGAGGGGGACAGGUGGAAAUGAGGACGGAAAAGGACUUUUUAAGAACUGUGGAAGAAAGUGCCCAGAUAGAGCGUGUGUACAAACAAUACUUUGAUUUGACCCUGGUAAACGAUGAUUUUGAGGAAACUUACCGAGAGCUAAAGAAAGCGUUGACAGAUUUAAGUGCAGCGACGCAGUGGGUGCCUGUGGAUUGGGUGUAUUAAAAAUGCCAUCUCAUUAAACUCAUGUCCAUUAUCUAAGUUUCUAUGCAGAAUUUUAUAUGAAAAUCAUCAAGAGGUUAAAAAAAAAACCUAGGCUACUUAAAAAUCAAGAAAUCCAGCUCUGCUUGGAAAUGUAUACCUGUAUGUACCUGGAUGUGUAUGGUUUGAUUUACUGUGUGAUGGAGACUAUAUUUUGUAUUUGAUUAAUUGGAAAUUAGCCAUAAAAUAAU